AUGGUUAGAGAAGUAAAGUUAAUCAACGAUAUUCAAGCUCAACAAAAAGGUUGGACAGUAAAAGUGGUGGUUAUUGAGAAAGGAAUGCCACGAGUUUCUAAAUCAAGUCCAAACAAAUAUCAAAGGUUAAUCUUAGCUGAUGAAGAAAUUGUUCAAAAUAAUUUGCAAUGGACUAUAAAUGGUCGAACCAUUGUGGAAGAAGUGAUUGGAGAUUCAGAGAUAAUUGUGCUUGUUGUUUACAGCUUUGUACCGUUCUCACGACUACACACUUAUAUUGAUUUUCUAUCCCAAGUCGAUGUGAUUGGAAUAGCGAUUGAAAUCAAGCCAAAAAAGGAGAUAAUCAUGAGUGAUGGUUUAGAGAUUGUCCAAGAGAUGACUUUGAUGAAUGAUAAUAUGGAUACUGUGAUGCUUACCAUGUGGAAUCAAUUUGUGAACAAUGAAUGUACUCAAAUUUUGAAUAUUAUGAAUAGAAAACCAAUCAUAAUUGGAUGUCGACUUAAAGUUAGCUCAUAUAAUGGUAUCUCACUUUCAACCAAAUCCUCCAGUUCGUUUGUUAUUGAACUGGAGAUACCACAAGCAGCUGCUUUAUCAAUUUGGUAUAAUACUAAUGCUGAAAAGGCCAUGGACAUAAUAUGUGGAAGGAUUGGUCUUGAGACAAAGUCACUGUCUACACUUCCUUCUGCUGAGGACAUCGUUACCAUUAAAAUGAUAGAUAAUCAACUUAAUACGAUAAAUUUCUUGACUAUUAUUUUGUUUAUAAUUAUUAACAACUAUAAUAUUAAGAUAUGUUUGUACUUUUCAUUAUGUAAACAGAAGAGAAGUUUUUGGAUCAAUGGUCACAUCAAAGUGACAAAUUUGAUUCAACAUUUUUGGUACUUAAGCUGUGAAAAAUGCACAAAAACAACUGGAUAUGAAUUUGAACAGAGGUUUAACUGCUUGUAUUGUAGACAUGAUCAAGUUAAAGCUAUGCCAAGGUGUGAAACAUAA